CCUGUCAUUUCAACAGGGAAAAAAAGUACCGCCGUUGCUGAAUGUUUUGUUGACAUCACAGAAGACAAAAUUGCAACCUUCCCGGCCGAAUCAUUCAUUUAAAUGGCUACAGGUUUCCGAAAAGCAGCUUCUUCGGCGAGUCAAAAGAAGAAGACACUCGUUAAAAUAGAUCUGACCGAGGAGCAAAAGCAAGAAAUCAAAGAAGCGUUCGAACUCUUUGACACGGAGGGCAGCGGGAGCAUAGACGUGAAGGAUCUAAAGGUUGCCAUGAGAGCGCUGGGGCUUGAACCAAAGAAAGAGGAGAUCAGGAAGAUGACCGCAGAAAGUGAGAUGGCGACCUCUGGAACCAUCGAGUUCCGUGACUUUGUCACUAUGAUGACCGAUAAAAUGAGCGAAAUAGACGCCAAAGAAGAAAUACUGAAGGCGUUCCGUCUGUUUGAUGACGACGGCACGGGGAAAAUCUCAUUCAAAAAUCUCAAGCGAGUUGCCAAGGAGCUGGGUGAGACCCUCACAGAUGAAGAAUUAAAGGAGAUGAUCGACGAGGCGGACCAAGACGGUGACGGGGAGGUCAACGAGAAGGAGUUUUUGAGGAUAAUGCAGAAGACCAAGCUUUACUGACCCCCCUCCCCCCCCCCCACCCACCGCUGCCCCCAUGUGGGACCCUUUGAUUCCAUCUAACAGUUUGUGUUGUGAUUUUUCUCGGCCGUUUGUGAAUAAAUGUUUUUGAGAUGCCGUAUUUUUGCACAGAUUUUUUCUACGGGGCAGAAAAAAUAAAGCCAUUUCUUGA